AUGGUGAAGCACGAACCACUAGAGAAAGAUAGUACACCUGAUCCAACAUUGAACGACAGUCUCGUUGUAGAGAUGACGUCGCCUUCUUCAGAGUCGCUGGACGAUUUGAGCCCACUGAUUGUCAAUGGGGGAUCUUCUGCUGCAAACGACGGUGUUGCCGUUCCCCUCUCCAACCGACCAAAGCCAACAUGGUUUCGUCAGAUGUCACGCGAUCUUUCAGAGGGAUGGGCAACUCACAUUGGUAGUAUUGGGUAUCUUGGAUCUGUAUCAAUUGCUGUGAAUUCAUUGACCGGACCAGCCAUGCUUAAUCUUCCAGAUACUUUUCAACGCGCGGGAUUGAUCCCAACAACCUUGACUCUUAUAUUUGUUGCUGUACUUUCAUCGUUAUGCUGCUUGCAUAUGUCGAAUACAAUCUCCAAGGUGACAGGGAACUCAAGCUUUCGAAAAGAGAUCGAAUAUUCUGAAGCAUUCGAAGCAUUCUGGGGUCACAAGAGCUUCAUUGCAACGCAGAUUCUAUUUUUCCUAUGCAUAUCAUGUUUGAAUAUUUCAUCCAUCGUCGACACUGCGCAAGUGGUCGAUACAUUUCUUGGGCACUGGUUUCCAGGCGGUUCUGCUGCACUCUAUAUGUAUUGGGAAGACGGGCCGCAUUUUGAAUUCAUUCGAUGGAGUUUUCAUUCCUGUUCUCGUGACACACUCAAAGCUGGAGACUGCGUUCCGUUCGCCGAUGACGACGACGUGGGACACCAUUUCACUAUUGGCUAUGUAAUGUGUGUGUUGGUGUUUCUGCCCAUGGCUCUCAUGGAUCUCAAGGAAAAUGCUGCCUGGCAAGUCUUGGGAUUUGCUGUGUUACUUGUAUGCUCGUUGAUUUUUGUGAUCAUAUUUAUUUUGGAAGGAUUGAAUACGGAUUACAUCAGUCUUUGGGGCACUAGUUGGAAUACACUGUUUGGUGUGAUCUUGUUCAAUUACGCGUUGGUACUCGCCGUGCCUGCGUGGUUGUAUGAAAAGGAGCCCACGGUAGACGUUCCAAAAGUUGUCAAUGGCUCAGCUGUUCUUUCUACUAUCCUAUAUGUUUUGAUUGGAGGCUUGGGAGCAAUGACUAUGCCUCAUGCUAGUCAGAAUAUGCUGGAAUCAAUGAUGUCUGGGACCUUUGGAAUUACCAUGCAAAUAUGUGCCUCGGUGUUCGCAUUCUUCAUCGUUGGGCUUGGAAUUCCAUUGUUCUGCGUCUUGAAGAGAAUGAACUUGACUGGAAGGAACUUGUUGUCGAGAAACAAAGCCAACCUGUUUGCCGUUUACCUGCCAUUUGCAAUUUCUUGGUUGUUUUAUACUGGUGAUUGGGUGACACAGUUGCUUUCUUGGGGUGGCAUGGUUUUUACUAGUUUGGUUGCCUUUAUUCUUCCCGUCUUGAUUGCACUGCAUACGCUGGACGAGACUGACGAGCUUGGAUCAGUACUGGUGUAUGGUAGAUUUGACUUGAAGGAAAAGUCAUCGCAGGCUAUCGCACUAAAAGUAUUGUUGGUGCUUUCAGUGCUUGCGAGUAUAGCUGCUCUGAUUGGCAACGUUUUAGGAUAA